UCCACUUGCCCAUACCGACGAUCUGGGAUCCUACUUUUUAGCUAAAUGAGCUUUGUGGUGCAGAUUCAUCAUGUUUAUCAUUAUAUAGGACCAAAAUUAAACUUGGGUAUAGCUCAAUCUUGCAUCAUUAAUAUCACCAUAUUCUUGUUUGAAGAAUUAAGAAAAAUGGAGGCAUGCUUUCUUUCUUCAUAUUCCUUCACUAAAUCAUCCAAAGUUGUCACCCCUUUAGUCCAAUCAAGAAGCUUUGUGCAAUCCAAGAGAUCGUCUUCCAACUCUUGGAUUAGGAAAACUCGUACUCACUCAUCGACAACAUAUUGUCAAUCUCAGUCAAAUUCACCAUCACCCUCAUCGGGAGACGAGGAAAAUAUGUUUCUUGACACCGAUUGGCGAUCAUUCAGAGCAAGGCUAGUAGCCAGAGAACAAACAUUUAGCUCAGAAGAAUCUUCACCACCGGACAACCCCAAUACCAUGGCGGACCAACCACUAUCCAUUUCAAUAGGUGACAAAUGGGCCCAUGCCAUACAUGAGCCCGAAAAGGGUUGUUUACUCAUUGCAACCGAGAAAAUGGACGGGGUCCACAUCUUUGAAAGGACAGUGGUCCUUUUAUUAUCAACGGACAAUGUGGGCCCAAUGGGCGUCAUACUCAACCGCCCUUCGCUUAUGUCAAUCAAGGAGAUGAGAUCAAGUGUGCUAGACGUGUCAGGAGUAUUUUCUGACCAAACGUUGUUCUUUGGCGGGCCUCUUGAAGAAGGGCUUUUUUUGGUGAGAGAGGAUGAAAGAGUUAGUAAGAGUGGUGUGUUUGAUGAAGUAAUGAAAGGGUUGUAUUAUGGGACCAAAGAGAGUGUAGGGUGUGCUGCUGAAAUGGUUAAGAGGAAUGUGGUUGGUGUGGGUGAGUUUAGAUUCUUUCAUGGAUAUUGUGGAUGGGAGAAAGAACAGCUGAGAGGUGAGAUAAGGGCUGGGUAUUGGGCUGUUGCUGCUUGUAGCCCAAAUGUACUUGGGCUGGCAAAUGUGGGAAAUGUUGGGCUUUGGGAAGAGGUUCUUGGGCUUAUGGGUCAGAAGGAAGUUUGGUAAGUUAUCGCUCAAUACAACUCUAGUAUUUUAAUUUAAGUCAUAUUUGUGUGAAAAUGAAAUGACAUAUUGUAUAGUUGUGGUCCAUAAUUGAUUAUGAAGUUGUUUGGUAGUUUUAUUAA